AUGUCAUCUCUAGACGAGCCAACCGAAAAUUAUUGGCAUGGAGAUUGUAUAUUUUAUGAUAAUGGCGAUCUUGUAGUAGAAGCAUUUACACCUAGAAAUAAUGACCUAAAUAUUCUUAAAUUUUCAGUUAAAAAUUUAAGCAAUGACAAUGACAGUUGGAAGGUUAAUCAUUCGAUUUUCAUAGAACCUACGAAUUUCGUGUGGAAUCAUUUUACAAAUGAAAAUGAUAAAAUUGACAGCAAUAUAGAUGAAAAAGGACAGACAUAUGAAUCUAAAAAUUUAUUAGUAAAAUGGAUCGUAACACAAAUCAUAGACACACAAGAUAUUGACGCACAAGGCAAAGUCAGCAAAUUAACUGUAGUAAUAGAGGCCAAGAAAGCUACGAAAUUUGAUCCUUCUGAGGAGGAUUGGGAAUCUGUAGAUAAAUGUGAAAUCAAUGCAGACCUUCUAAGCGAUCAAAACCAGAACUAUGUUUAUAAAUGUGAAUUAUUGGAUAAUGGAGAUUUAGCAAUGAUUACAUCUAUCGGCUUAAUAAUUUUGACAAUUUUGAAAAUUAAACCAAAAGAUAAAAUUAAAUUGCGAUAUUAUAGAGGAUCUGGAUUCCCUUUUAAUCAAAAAUAUAUAGAUUAUAUAAAGAAAAAACAACGAGAUAUACUAGAUAAAGAAGACAAAAAUCACUAUAAACUAUUUAUUGCAAAUAAAAAAUACAUCAGUAGAUUACUUGAUAAUAUAAAAGAACGUCCCUUACUAUGGCCAGAUUUUAAAACAAUUACUCGUUAUCGUGAAAACAAAGAUUUAAAUAAGCUUGCAAAAGUAAAAUCCGAAAAUGAAGACAAUAUGAGUGAAGAAAACACAAUUGAAGAAUUAAAAAAAUAUUUUAGUAACGAAAUUGAAAAAUUAAAAACUGAGUUAAAGGGAGUUGAUGUUUAA